UGUUGAAAAGAUGGGUGGAAGUUUAGAUAAAGCAUUACUUGAAAAUGGUUCGGUGUAUUUGUCAUAUAUUGGUACUUUUACCACUGUUGGUAUGCUCUGGUUUGUACACCAUUCACUUUGCCAUUAUAUAAUGGAGUGCAAUAGAACAAUGUCUUUCUUUAACACAAUGUCACUUUCCUUCAUUGGGUGUGCACCUCUGGCAUUCAAAUUAACAAGUACAUAUGUGGAGUUUCAGUUUGUUCAUAAUGAGAGAUAUGCCAUCCAGUUCAAUUGUUUUAUUUUAUUCAUGGCCAGCAUAUUCCAAUUGUUGACUUUCAUCACAGCACUGUGCAAACCGUUCUAUCGAAUGCAUCCCAGCGCAUCAUACCAUGGUCAAGAACAUGCAUAUUUAACUGCAAAGCUUUGUAUAUUUCCUUUAGUAAGUUUAGUGAUAUUUUUCCUAGGUUUCAAAUCUGAUAUUCUGUCAGCAUAUGUUUUCAACUUUAUGCAGAUUGGAAUACCAGGGUUAUUUAUAUUGUUACGACUAUUGUUUUAUGCAUGUCAGAGACUAAAAUUAUAUUAUCACAGUCAUUUGGAUCGCACAGAGCAUGUACAAUACCAUGUGACAGACGAGCAAAAUGAAAAUAAUGGCAGCAUAUAAACAAUAGCAUAUUGUGAAUUCACAAUGGAUAUGAACAAUAGUUACAUGUAUGUAUACUCGGAUAAUACAUAAUUCACUCUAUUAUUGAUAUCACUUUAUAUAAGUCAUAUAUCUAUGACAUAUACAACCAUUUUAAAUAUUUUAAAAUUAAUAAAUCUUCAAAC